UAGCUUCACCACCGUACUAACAUCUGCUCUUCUGGUGCGUCACACAGUCUAAAAGAAUGGGGACUGCCACAGUCAUGAUGUGUUUUACUUUAAAAAAGGAGAAAUUUGAUUCUGAAGAGGCUCAUGAAUUAUACCAGUCUAUACCAAGUAUUUGUUUCGAAGGCAAAGCCGAGUUGCAAACAGUUUGUGACUGUGGUAACCAAGGAGACAAAGUGAUAACAGCAACAUCCGAUGAUGGCAGCCAUGUAGUGAUUCAUCUUUACCAUUUCGCCUACCUUACAGUAGAUGUAACCUUUGUUGUAGACAAUGUAAAUUGUUUAAAACCACUAUCACAACCGUUUAAAUUGCAGUUCAUAAAAGAGCUUGAAAUAUCGAUAGCAACACACCUUAAAGAAAUCAUUGAGGACUCUAAAAGCUUGUGUUGUCCAAUCAGAAGAGCGCCCGGUAUCACGUGGAAUUAUGGAUAUACCGGUGAUGAGCGCAUGCUCGAGACUGAUUACGAGGAGAUUGUAUUUGAGAAACAGAGUAAGUGGCAGAAUAUAAAGAUCGCCAGAUCAAGGGAAUUUGGGAACGUUCUACUCCUCGAUGAUGAUAUAAUGCUCGGUGAGAGCGACUUAGUUUAUACACAGUCUUUGUUGGGAAUAGGAAAGAAUGACUUUAAGGAUAAGGAUAUACUUAUACUUGGUGGAGGGGACGGGGGCAUCCUCCAUGAAUUAUUGAAACAGUCUCCUGCUUUUGUUCUCAUGGCGGAAAUUGAUGAGGAGGUGAUUAAAGUCUGUAAUAAACACAUGAAGAAAAUAUGUGGUGACACCCUAGAAAAGAUGGAGGGUGAAAACUAUCAGAUAAAAAUUUGUGAUUGCUUGCAAGAACUUAAAGCGGCAGUAGAGUCAGGAACGAAAUAUGAUUACGUCAUCAACGACCUGACAGAAUUUUCAGUCGACAAGGAAAAAUACGGGUUUGGAUAUCAGUUUGAAACAAGUUGUGUGACACUGGAGUUGUCGUUGAAGGUGCUACAGCCUGAAGGGAAAUACUUAGCAAGAGGUAAUUGCCUCAGUGCCAGUCACUACACAAAACAGUUUGAGAAGGAUGUACGAACUCUUGGUCAUAACUUCACAAGAACUGACGUCCAUGUUCCUUCAUUCAGAGAAACAUACUGUUUGUAUGAAGUCCCAAAACAUUGAUGUUACCUGGAACAAGGAUAUAGGAAUAGUAAACCCUCACGUCCUUUUCGUGUUUUAGAAUAACUUAUAUAUUUAUUAAUUCCAAC